AGUCAUCCUGAUUUAUUCACAGAUAUAAACUCAACAGAAUCCACAUUUUAAACUCUCUAUAAAAACACUUGAUUAUGAUUCACUCAGCUUUGGAAGAGUGGUAUAUAAGAAAAGAGAGCAUUCAUCUGCCUCAUUCACCAAAGCUUGACCUGAAAGGACCUUCGGCCUGCUGCAGAGAUGAUCUGUAACCUGCUUCUGUCCUGCUCUGUCCUCCUGAUCUCCUGCAGUCAUCUGUUAGCACAUCCUGUUACAGACACAGCUGACAUGACUUACAGCGGCCCUGAUUCAAUGGAAGAGGCCGGAAGGGUCAGUCCAGAUGAUUUCUUUGCCUCUGAUCUCAAUGAACAUCUGCACAGGGUGGCAGUCUCGGGAUAUUCCCAACUGCUCAACCAAGAGAAUAUCAAAGUGCCUGGACAGAUUCCUAGAGAGGCUCUUAGAGAGUUACUGUUAGAAAAACCAUAUCGCCUCAUUCCUCCCAGUGGUCUGUGGGGCAUCAGGAGACAGUUCAGAAAGAGAGGUGGCGGUGCGGAUUGCUUCUGGAAAUACUGUGUUUGAGGCAUAUAAGCUAUAAAUAAAAGCAAA